AUGGAGAUAUCCCUGGAAGAAAUCAACACCCGAUACCAGGUUCCUGUGACCACGGCCGCUGGACAGGUACCCGAAAAUGCAAACACACAAAACACCAUCGAUCAGCUCAAGAUGAACCCGCACAUCGAGGGAGGCUACUUCGUCGAGACGGACCGAGACAAGCGACUCAUGGUCAAUGAUGCGGGCGAAGAGCGUUCCAGGUCCACGAGUAUCUUCUACUUCAUCACACCGAAGACUCCGAUCGGGGCGUUCCAUCGCAACGCAAGUCGUACUGUUCACACGUUACACCACGGACGAGGAAUCUACGUCAUCUUGGUUCCUCUAGGACCUGGAGGGAGCUUUGAUGAUUUCCGUAUUGAGACUUUUGUCGUUGGGCAUGAUAUAAGCAACGGGGAACGGCUACAAUGGAUUGUUGAGGGAGGGUGUUAUAAAGCUAGUUUCUUGAUUCCUGAAAAGGAGGAAAAGCUAGAGAGCAGUCCUGGUCUGCUUAUCAGCGAGACGGUUGUCCCCGGGUUCGAUUACAAGGACCAUGAUUUUCUUGCGGCCGAGAAUUUCAAGUCUUGGACUUGA